GCAUAAUCAUUAAUGGAUAUAAGAGGAUAUUCCGAAAGUCCUAUGGAUGUCCUGAUAAGGUCUCGGUGCAAAUGUCCGCAUAUUCAUUAUCCUACGGACAUCCUGGGGAAAAUCCGGUGGACAUUAUUAAGUAGGCGUUUUACAGAAUUUUUACAAGAGGUUUUUAAUACGUCUUUCGCAUGUCGAACUGUAUAUUAUGAAUGUAUCAUGUACAAACUUCAAGUUGAGUUAGAAGACGAACAUCCUGUCGAUCCUGAGAAUAUCCUAAGGAUGUUCUUAAUGGCUUAUGCCAAGACUCACAAAUUGUAUCCGAAACAGGACAUCCCGAGGUUAUCCUAAAGUUGUCAGUUUUGGGACAUUCGGAAUACAAUUGGGAUAUC